AGCAAUAGAAAUAAAAAAAAGCAAUUUUCUAACAAUUUAAUUUGAACAAAUCGACAUAUCCUAAGAUGAAUCUCUAAAAACUGUGCACGAUAUUGACAGGAUCAACAAAAAUUAAAGCUAAAAGAUAAAACUGAAAACUCAAUAAACCAAUAGACAGGAAAAGUGUGAAAGAAAGAAAAAUGUUAUAGCACGGAACACUGAGUUUACUGCACAUAUGCCCUUUGUUGUUUGGAAGGGGGGAUGAGAACAUGAAAGAACGUAGAAGGGCCAUAUGAACAACUGGAAAGGAAUAUCAACUAACUAAAUACGUUACGGACACGGUUAAUACCACUAGCGGGACAUUGAAGGAAUUUUAUAUAGAGUAUACCAUGUUCUCCGACGAUACUGAUGAACUGGACACCAUUGCUGAUGUAAUGGGUCUUCGCACCCAGGCCAGACUUAAUACGUUUCGAGAAAUGUGGUAUCAUGUAUUUCUGUGGGCUCUGUUCUCAUCGAUUUUCAUCCACACUUGUGCUGCUUUAGUGGCUUUUGUUACACUGCGUAAACAUAAAUUUGGACGUUUCUUUUCGAUCUUAAUUUUGGUCAUGGGAUUCUUGUCUCCGGCUUCGAGCGGUAUUAUAAGUAGUGCAGUUAUAGCAUUUGUACAUCGCGCAUCUGCCCUACCUAUGUCCCCUAUAUAUGCCAUGGUCUGGGGAUUGGGACAAACCUGCCUAUCAGCUUGUUUAGGCUUUACAAGGAUACUGGCCACUCUUUAAGCCAUACGUUUUAGCCUUAGCGACUGAUUGUUUCCAUUUCUUCUUUUAAAUUACUUCGCAGACAAUUUAUCUAUAUAUAAGAACAUAAUAUUGUGAUUUUUUACUUCUAACUAAAUAUUAAAUCCAUAGAAACUAGACUUA